GUUGUCAGAAGAAGACCGUAGGUGGCGGGUGGGGGUGUAAGGCUGGAGCAUACACUUGAUGUAGUCGGGUGCAGGGUUAAUUUAGGGUUAACGCCAACCUGUUCCAUUUUAAUUUACCCCUUUUGAACAUUACACUCCCGCUGACACUGUCCAGAGGUCUUGCUAUACCAUUGCCCCACGAUUUGUAUUGUUAUUGCACAUCUAUGGUGGUUACUAAUACAUGAGGUGUUAAUAGCCUCAUGGCCAAUUAGGUGCUGUGAAACUGUGGACUCAGCCUCCACUAAAUGCCAUGCUAAUGGUCUCAUAACAUGUCAUAGUCAGAAAAUAAAUGCUGAGUAAUGGUUAAAGCUCACCCACUGCAUCACAUACAGGACUCCCUUAUGUACAUGUUAUGCAUGCUUGCCAUGCUUCCUGCCUCAUCAGUAUGGCUUCUGUCUCCUCAAUGUGACAUCCCCUCUUUCUCUCAUUCUCAGUUUCUCUCACUCUUUCAUUCUCUUUCUUUCUCUCAUUUUCAUGUUUUCCUCGAUUCCUUUUCUUGGUCAUUGAGUGAAUACAACAGCCUAGCCAGACGUGAGGCAAUAUGGUGUGUGUGUCCACCUGUGUACCUGGACAGGAGAACAAUUACAAUCCCCUGUGCAACAGGCAUGGAUCAAAAUAAUUGGGUAGUUCUAGGUAAGUCUACAGGAUGGUGGGGUGUGUGUUGGUGUGCAGGCUCAUGUUGAGUAGCGUUACCAUGGUAUCAGUUAGGGUAUAUCUGACUCUGUCCGUUCAAACCCUGUACAGUCGAACACACGCACACAGUCCCUAACUGGACAUCAGACAAACUAACGUCGAUGCUCUGGAUCUACUGGCGGACGCUGUCUCAGUGUCUCAGAGAGAGACGAGGGGAUGAGGGCAGAGAUUUCAAUGAGACUGCCUUAGAUGAAGAGAUUGACAUUUGAUGGAGGGAGGUAGUAGAGAUGGAGGAAGGGAUGACGGAGAGAUGGAAUCAAGGAGAUGGGGAAAGAGAAGGGAUGGAUUGGAGAUGAAGAUGGUGGAGAGGAAUGGUAGGUGAGAAAGAGAGGAUAUUGAAAUAUGCUGUCAAAGCUAUUUUCAUAAGAGGAAAAACUGGGACAUGAUUAAUGGAUCUGGAACGCAGGCAAACACACACACACGCACCCUCACACACACACACCCGCAUGCACCUGGAAACAGAAUGCAGAUAAUGUCCUUGAUGUGUGUAUGAGGCUGCUGUUGGCUGAUUCAGUAGAUGCGGAAUGAGAAAAUACUGACUACCGAAGGUUGUCUGACUCUGUUUGUGAUCUGACAUACACCAAAGGUUACCAGUCACUCUGCAUAUUCUCUCUGGUGUGAAAUUGCAGAGCUAUAAUAUUGUACUUCCAGAUCACUUGAUUACAACCAUACCAACACACACACACACGCACACACACUCACGCACACACACUAACACAUGCCGAGGCUCAGUGUUGUAGGGAAGCAAUUAUUUGCUUGGCCAGUCUGAUCCUGUUCUCAGUCUCAAGGACAGCCAGCCAGCCACCUGAUUACAGCAGAGCAGACAGCCAGACCUGUCUGUAUCUCUUUUGUGGUGCUAACAUGCUGCCUGUGUGUUAUAUUAUUUAUACUGUGUGUUCAUCAUAGUAUACAGGGUGUGUACAGAAGACAGGUCCUGACAUGCCCCGCCCAGCCUCUCCUGGGAUCAACCGAUCAAGCCAGGAAGUGUGGCUGUUCAGCCUGCACAGUAGACACAUGCCCCAUGUGCAUCUUAUUGUGAUGUGUGUAGGAAAUUGAAUAAGAUGGGGAAAGAGUACACAAGAAGAAGGGGAAGUGGAGGUCUCUGUAACCUUCUGGCAUGGGAGGGCAGAAGUGGGAGAGAAUAAGAGGGAGAGGAGGAGAUGGAGAUGUAAGGAAAGAGAGGGAGAUAAGAACAGAGUGGGAGAGCUCCCCCAGAUGGCUGCUAUACUGUGUUUACUUUUAACUGCGUGUAUAUGUCCAUGGACACUUUGUAUCUCAGGUUGUAAGAGAGUUGAAUGAUUGCUUCAGAUCACCACAAUAAAGACCCAUAACGUUAGACAGAUGAAGAACACCCUUUCCAAAUGACGAAUGAUCACAGCCUGGUAUUUAUUGACCAAUCGGCUUUAAGUUUGAUGUCCUCCCCGAGGAGCUGUGUGCAUGUGUGCGUGCGUGUCAGCGCACAUGCUGUCAGUGUCUGUCUCUGCUCAGCAAUAAUCUGCUGCUGAAGCUCUACUCUACUGAAACAAACAGGUAAGGCUGCAUGGUGCAGGAUGUAACAUAAAGCUGGAUGUCAAGUUCGAAAUCCACAACCAUUCAAGGACUUAGGACUUGGUUUUAAUCAGUCCCCAGUCCUCCUACUGCUGUCUCUCCAGUUUAGUCCUCUCCACAAUAUUAUAAUCUGACUACUGUAGACUAGUUCUCUACAGUAGUCAGUAGUUUUUAACAAUAAUUUUCUCUACAAUAAACAUUACAGUAGGCUAGUCCUCUCCAAUGCAGUCUAAUGCUGUUGUUUCCAGUUGUACUUUAUACAUGCUGUAGCCUACACCAUUUUUGCAUAGUGUGUGUGUGCGUGCGUGCACGCGCAAGGAUCAUACAGAGCCUAUAAUGUAGAAGAGGUGGGAGCAUGAGUACCGUUCGAAACUGCUUUGCGUUAUUUGCUCUCACUCUUUCACUCACUAUCACUCACCCAUUUACGCAUACAUACACAAAGGUUCACUCUCACACCCAUCCAUAAACGUUGCCUCUGGUCGCAGUUUUCAGGCGUUCUGUUGCUGAGAGACGAGUAGCUUUACAGUACGAUACGUUAACUGCACGAAGGCUCCCCGCCAUUUCUCCCGUUUAGAAACGGGAAUGUCGAGCAGUAACUCGAGUUCUUCGAGAAAGGAGUUUGAUGUGAAGCAGAUCCUCAGAAUCAGAUGGCGGUGGUUUGGUCACCCUGCGGUCCCUCCGCCUCAUUCCCCACCCUUGGGAGACUUCUUUAAAAGAAAAGGAACGGACAACACCACCGGAGAGAACCCGUCCGUCAGUGGCUGUAACGCAGAUGCCAGCACGUCAAACGUCAGCACUGGGAGAAACGGUCUUACGACCAGUAGUAGCAAUUGUGAGAAUUUAUGUAACGCCAACAACGGAAAGUUGAUGGAAUCUGAAGGGAGUAGCAACGUCCCCGGAGCCGCUUCAGCUGCAACCGAGAGUUCGGUCUGUCCUCGUUCUAUCAGUGCACCGGAGGGUAGGAGCUCGGCGGCGCUGUCGUGGGUCUCCUCGCCGUCAUUAUCACACUCUCGCCCACUACAAAAUACGGAGCCCCCCGGCGAGUGUCAAGUGCGACAGCCGCUAUUGGUGGUUUCUGUUCCGGUAACUGAAGAGGAGACAGGGGCAUCCAGACCUGAGAAUAGGAAGCAUGCCGAAACCGACUCCAGCUCGUGCAGGACGUCCAACAGCAGUGCAACGCUGUCCUCAUGUGUGUCUAUGGAGCUUUGUGUGUGUCCAGAGGAGUGUGUGUUCUCUGCCGCCUCGCAUGCCAACUCAACCUUCUCUAAGAUGGAGACCUACCUCCGCACGCAACAGCUGUGUGACGUCACCCUCGUGGCCAGGGACAGGAGGAUACCUGCACACAGACUGGUGCUCUCCUCGGUGUCAGAUUACUUUGCGGCCAUGUUCACCAGUGAUGUCCGUGAGGCCAAACAGGAGGAGGUGAAGAUGGAGGGGGUGGAUCCUGAUGCCCUCUGGGCCCUGGUGCAGUAUGCCUACACAGGUCGUGUGGAGCUAAGGGAGGACACCAUUGAGUCUCUGCUGUCGGCCUCCUGUCUGCUCCAGCUGUCCUCUGUGGUCCAGGCCUGCUGCUCCUUCCUCACCAAGCAGCUGCACCCCUCCAACUGCCUGGGCAUCUGCUCCUAUGCUGACGCCCAGGGCUGCUCCCAGCUGCAGCAUGCUGCAUAUGCCUACACCAUGGUGCAGUGGAAGACACAGACACAUACCCACCCCACACAUACACACUCCCACACAGAAGGAAAGAAAGCCAUGAAUGAAAACGAACACUUUGUGGAGGUGGUGGCGGGACAGGAGUUCCUCCUCCUUUCCCUUGGAGAAAUGGAGAGACUCCUUUCCUCCGACGACAUGAACGUGCCCGACGAGGAAACCGUGGUGACGGCACUGUUGGGCUGGGUCCGCCAUGACUGCCCCGCCAGACAACAGUAUCUGCCCUCCCUCCUGGCUCACAUUCGCCUGCCCUUAUUGAAACCUCAGUUCCUGGCUGACCUGGAGUCUGUGCUCCUGCUGAGGGACAGUGUGGAGUGCCAGCGUCUGCUGAUGGAGGGGAUGAAGUACCACUUGCUGCCCCAACGACGGCCACUGCUGCAGAGCCCCCGCACACGACCCCGCAAGGCCACCGUUGGUGUGCUGUUUGCCGUGGGGGGCAUGGAUGCUACCAAAGGUGCUACCAGUAUAGAACAGUACUGUCUACGUAGAGACACGUGGAGACAGGUGGCAACCAUGUGUGGGCGGAGACUCCAGUUUGGUGUAGCGGUCCUUGACAACCGUCUCUAUGUGGUGGGGGGGCGUGACGGCCUGAAGACUCUGAACACUGUGGAGUGUUACAACCCCCUCAGCAAGGGCUGGAGCAUCAUGCCUCCCAUGUCCACACACAGACACGGCCUGGGUGUUGCAGUCCUGGAGGGUCCUAUGUAUGCAGUAGGAGGUCAUGAUGGCUGGAGCUACCUCAGUACUGUAGAAAGGUGGGACCCCCAAGCUCGUCAGUGGAGUUUCAUUGCCAGCAUGGCCACGCCCAGAAGCACAGUGGGGGUCGCAGUCCUCAAUGGAAAGUUGUAUGCUGUGGGUGGUCGUGACGGCAGCUCCUGCCUCAGGUCUGUGGAGUGCUUUGACCCUCACACCAACAGGUGGAGCUGCUGUGCACCCAUGGCCAACCGGCGUGGGGGGGUGGGCGUGGCCACCUGGAACGGCUUUUUGUAUGCCAUCGGAGGGCACGAUGCCCCCGCCUCCUCCCUUGCCUCGCGGCUCAGUGAUUGUGUGGAGAGGUACGACCCUCAGACAGAUGCUUGGACGGCAGUAGCCCCCAUGAGCAUCAGUAGGGAUGCAGUGGGUGUGUGUCUCCUUGGUGACCGUCUCUAUGCUGUUGGUGGUUAUGAUGGCCAGGUGUAUCUCAAUGCUGUGGAGGCCUACGACCCUCAGACCAACGAGUGGACGCAGGUGGCGCCAUUGUGUCUAGGCAGGGCUGGAGCUUGUGUUGUGGCAGUCAAACUGUGAACAUGCGCCCGUGUGAACACAUGCCUGAACGCCCUGUUGACAUCAUCCCACUUCUGCCAUCCCCGUCCUUCCUCCAGUGGGUGGACAGUCAUCCCAUACAUUCCUGUAGACCAGGAGAGAGGGAGAGAACAGGAGAGAGGUAGAGGACAGGAAAGAGGGAGAGAACAGGAGAGAGGUAGAGGACA